CACAAGUUUGAAAUUCGAUAACAGGGAACCCGGUAAAAAUAAAUCAAUACGAUUUUACGAUGAUACGAUCCGGGGAGGCCGUAGUAAACUAUUGUCUUUCACUGACGAUAAAUUUGUCCGAUUGACUUGCUGCUGGCCGUACACGGAGUAUGUCUUGACUACUAUCGGUCACUAUGUUGCCCGAGGUGGACGGUAUUGAACAGUUGUACAGGCGAUUUUUYCAGGAAGCCCAAGAACUACCCAAGAAACAAAAUGCAAAAAAAAAUUCUCACAAACCUCAAAAAGGAUCAAAACUGUACAAGGAUGGUGGGUGGACCAUGUAUGUAUCGGGAAAUGCUUCUUCCUUUGCAGUGCUAUCAGCCGCUCGAUAUGCUGUGUUUGAUAGACAUGCUAAAAAAUCUGACGAAGCAUACUGGAACUCGUCAUCAGCUCCAAUAUGUCUCAAAACUCUCAACCGAGUGCUACAAACUUCAAAUAAUGUUCAGGCUGUUCCAUGUUCAGAAAUUUUCCUCCCUAAGGUAGUAGGCAUAGGUUUACGCAGUGUAUUUGAACUGAUUAAAGAAAGUAGAGUACCUUCACCAGACAUAUGUACUAAAGCUUUAAUGGCCUUAUUAGAUAUUAUUCAGUACCAGUCUCCAGAAGCCUUAAAAGAAGAACCAUCAGAAGUUAUAGAUCCAUUAUAUGAACUUUUAUUGGAUAUGGCAACUGGAAAUUAUGAUAAUGGAACUUAUGAUUUUAAAGCAGUUUCAUGUUCUUGUCUUAUAAGUUUAGUAAUAGUUAGAGGAGAUACUGGUAAAAUAUUAAACACUUUAACAACACUAAUCAUGUGCCCAGAUUAUGCAUCCCCUAGAAAAAUAAUUUUACCAAAAGUCUUAACCAGUCUGCAAAAAUGUGUCCGUGUUCUUACACAUGGGGAUUAUGAAACUCCUGAUUGGAUGUCCAAUGGAGUUCCAAAGUCAUCUGAAAUAAUAACAUUAAAUUUAAACUAUUUACAGAAUGUCAAAGGAAUAGCAUGUGAUGGAGACUAUUUAUAUACUUAUUCAGAAUAUGGGUUUCAUAAAAUUGGUACUGGCUUUGGUGGUACAGUUAGUGGACAUCCAUAUGUCAAUGUAGCUCGUUCAUCAAGUCCUACUUUACAUUCUAGUGAUGUUUGUCUUGGAUUUUAUCAAAAAAUGUUAUACUUGAGGGUUUAUCAUACAAACCAGACUAGCACUCAAGAAAUUGAGUUUUUAGAUAAAGAUACAUUCAAAAAAUUAGGACGAGUUCAGCUAGAUACUUCAGUAAUAUUGGAUACAUCUUGUAAACCUGUAUUUAAUGAUAAAGAUAGAUUAUGUUUUCUUGAUCAAUCUGCAAACAAUUAUGUGAUUAAGAGUAUUGAUCCUAGUACUGGGAAACUUGUUAAUGAAGUUCCUCUUGUAUUAAGCCGUCGUAAUGUACGCAUAUAUGGUGUUUCUGAACUAUGGGAUUCUAUUACAGCUGAAAGUGCUAUUAACAGUGCUACUGAUGAAGAAGUGUCUUCUGUUGCCACAUUAAAGGAUUGUUUUAUUAUAUCAGUGAAGUCUGGAAAAGCGUUGCAAUGGUCAAAAUCUAAUGGGCAAAGUACUAUGAAUUGUUAUCGGUCUGUGUGGUCAGAGUUAAGCUUACCUAAUCCAUGUAAAAUCAUCAAAGUGGCAGCUGGUCAUGAUGGSUUACACUGUGUGUUGCUUUGCGAUACCGGAUCAGCUUAUUUCUUAGGAGUAUCAAGACGUGGUGAAGAUUGUGAUAAUGGAAGAUACAGAAAGCAGCCAAGAGUACUUAAGCCAAAAAGGAUAACUAAAAUAGAUGGACAGUUUAUCGUGGAUGUAGCUUGUAACAAUGGUACAACUGCAUUAGUGACUAAAGAUGGUCUUUUAUAUAUGUUUGGAAAAGAUGAUACUUAUUGUGAUAUUCAUACUGGUCUUGUGAAAGAUUUAAAGAAUGCUAAAAUUGUUCAGAUAGCUUUAGGAAAAGCACAUGCAAUUGCGUUGAGUGCUAAAGGGCAUAUUUAUAGUUUUGGGAUCAAUAAUAAAGGUCAAUGUGGACGUGAUAUAUGUGUUCCUCAAACUAAUAAAAACAAUUAUCCUGAAAUCAAUAAUGAAUCAUCWAAUCAAAUUAGUUCAGUUGUUGAACAGAGUAUAUUUGAAAAUGACUCUGAUGAUAAUAAACCUUGUGAAGAUACUUGUAAACCAGGACAACAUAACUGGAAACAUGAUGUUUGCAUGGUUUGCACGGUUUGUGGUGAAUGUACAGGGUAUAGUUAUAGCUGUCUUAGUAGUAUACGGUCCAAUCGUAAAUCUGGCCAGGAAUGCGGUUGUGGCGAAGGAGAUGCUGGGUGUACUAUAUGUGGAUGCUGUCGUAUAUGUGCACGAGAAGUUGAAGAUAAUUCAGAAUUAGCUUUGCUUGGACCAAAUGGCGCUGGUGAUGUAGCAGGAAUGAUGCGCCUUGAUGUUAUAUUUGGAAUUGGAGAUAAAGCAAAAACACCUCUAGAUGCAAGACUUGAAGAUCAUUUWAAAAAACGAUUGAAUAAACGUGAACAACGACAAAAAUUUAAUUCAGUACAAGCAGAUUCUUCUGGGGAUGCAGAUAUUGACAGCGCACAAAUCGCUAAUAAUACAAACAUUCAUUUUCAAACUCAUAACAGUAAAAUAGCUCGAAGUUUUGUUGAUGAUGCAGUUAACAAUCCAGGGAGUGAUAUAGAAAGAGAUACUGCUAGGAUGACUAUUUUACCACCUGCUCGAAUAUUUUUACCAACAGACUGCCCAGUUAUUCAAAUUAGUUGUGGCUUACAUCAUACAGUAUUAUUACUGAGCAAUGGGAAAGUGAUAACAUUUGGUAGUAACUCUAGUGGUCAACUUGGAUGUAGUUUAUCACUCAGCAGAAAAGGUCCAACUGUAUUAAAAAUACCUCGUCUAAAACAUCCUAUUAUUAGUGUGUCAGCUGGUAGCAAUCAUACUGCAUUGGUAUCUAAAGAUGGUAAACUUUAUACCUUUGGAAGUUAUUUGAAAAGUCAACUUGGUCGUGAUAGUGGRUGCAAUCAUGUACCUUUGAGCGUAGAAGACAUAAAUCCGCCUCAUACCAGAAGGGCAAGAGAAGUUAUGUGUUGUGGCAAUCAAACAAUUGUAAAAGUUGAUGAGGCAUUAAUAAAUAGUAAAAUUUUAUCUAUUGCUGCCAACAAUGAUACAAUUUUGGUGAUGACUUCAAAUAAAUGCUUAGCUAUUAAUAAACAAGACGGCACUUGUAAUAGUUAUUCAGGAMAUAAUCAAAUACAAUUUGACGAAAAACAUACUGGAAUGUGGUGCUUUGACUUGUUAUAUAAUAACUUAUGGCAUAUUAGUGAUAUAAAUGAAAAAGUUGUAGUUACAUGCUAUAAUGUGAAUAGUGCUUAUAGGAAACAUAAUGAUACAAGUUCCUUGUUGAAUUAUGAAUUAGCAUUACCUCCUACUGCUGGGAUUUCAGUAUCUCGAGUUCAAGUUUUAGUAAAUUUACUAACUUGUAUGGACAUUCUUGCCCAAAGUUCAUCAUUGUUUCCUAUUGGUAUAGCAUCAUCUCAUAGUAAUAUACCAGUUGCAUCAAAUACGGUAGAGCCAAAAAAAGAUUUUUUACAUAUCAACCGAUUUGCAAGUUUAGGUGGUGGCUGGGGGUAUUCUGGACACUCAGUUGAGGCUAUUCGGUUCUCAGUUGAUUGUAACAUUGCAUUAGUUGGUUUUGGUUUAUUUGGUGGAAGAGGAGAGUAUACAGUUAAACUUAAGAUUUAUGACAUUGGUGUGGAAGGUGGUGAGCGAGAAACUGAUGGCGAGAUGUUAGCAGAAACUGAUGAACUUACUUAUGAAUGUGCUCCUAGACAAAAAAAUCCAGUCUUACUUGAUGAACCUAUUGCUAUUUUUGCAAAUCGAUGGUAUGUGGCAUGUGCUAGAAUUACUGGUCCUUCAAGUGAUUGUGGUUCCAGUGGAAUGUGUAGUGUUACGAGUGAUGAACAAAUUACAUUUACAUUCAAAUCAUCUCGAAGAUCAAAUAAUGGCACAGACGUAAAUGCUGGACAGAUACCUGAAAUAUUAUAUAGAACUGUUAUUCCAGAUUCAUUAUCAAUAUCAACUAUACAUACAUCAAAUAGUGAUAUUCAUAUAUUAAGUGAUGCUUUUUCACACUCAGUUAAUAAGCUUUGUAGCGAAGUAGUGAAAAUUAUGAAGUGUAUUAAAUGGUUAAAUCAAAUAUUGAAUGAAUGUCAUAUGACAUUUGUGUCAUGUUACCAUGCGUUUUAUCCAACACCUCAUUUGAAAUUAUAUUCUUUAUGGGAACUAUUGAUGGACAAAAAAAAUACUGAUCAUAAGAAUAAGCUACUCACUGCAGUUGUGGCUGCAUUGUGUAAUACUACAUACAGGCUCCGUGAACUUAUGCCAAUAUUGAAAUCAACAAAACGUAAUGACAAAUCUGGAUCAUCAGAUCAGGAUCAUCAGUAUUAUUAUCCAUUAUUGGUCAAUGCUACUACAUCAGCUGCCCAUAAUAAUUUAAAAACUGAACCAAACUGGGAAAUAUUACUCGCACAACUUUUAGACAUAAUAGGGUUACCUGUGCGAAAUGCGAUAUUGAACAGUAACAAACCUGAUAACGAUUUGAAAUCACUUUCUACCAAUUGCUCACAUCUUGUCGCGAGGGUUGUAGCUGAACUAUCAUCACAAGCCACUUUAUCCGAAGAUGGAACAGAAAUAGUUAAUGAAAGAGAAAUUUUGCUAACUACACCUUCUAGAUUUGCUAAAAUCAAUCAAACCAAAACCUGGAAUGCUGGUAACGGUUCUCCUGAUGCCAUUUGUUUCUGGGUAGAUAGUGCUGGUAUUGCUAUUGCCGGUUGUGGUGUGUUUGCUGGGAUUGGAAAUUAUGAAUAUGAACUUGAACUGUUAGCAGAGAAAAAACAAUUGGAAUUUGAUGAACCUCAUGGUAAUCGAUGGAAAAGUUUAAUAGUAACUAGAGGAUCUUUUGGGCCAGAUGAUAGUGCAAUGAAUUACGUUGCGGAUCUAAAAUUUGAUCACCCAAUACGAAUCAAGGAAAGAGUAAAGUAUGCAAUCCGUUUAAGAAACUAUGGUGGCCGAACAAAUAAUGGUGACAUGGGGUUAAGUUGUGUAAAAGGACACGACAAUACACUUUUUUCUUUUAAUACAUGCUCAUUAAGCUUAAAUGGAACCACCCAAUCACGUGGUCAAAUACCUUACAUACUUUACUAUAGUAACAGUCAUGAUAAGAAUUGCGAUUUCGAACGUAAAGUGUGUAAUAAACUUAAAGCUCGAGAGAGUACAUUAUCAUUGUUGAAAACAGUUGUGGAAAAGUCAAUGGAGUUAAUAAAUAUGAGUGUUGAAAAAUUAAAAAAAGAUCCACUUGUGUACAAAUAUUUAGGAGAAUCAGCUAUCGUGAAUGUAUUGCUUCCGUUGGUGUUGGCGCAUAUUGGCCCGCUGACAUCUUUUUCCAAAGACGCGAAGAGCGCUAUUCAUGUGUUAGAGCUCAUAAACAAGUUGCUACCGGCAGUGACGUCCAUUAAUUUGUACUCCGCUAACAAAUUAGACGUAAUGCAUAAAGACCUAAGUGAUAAAUUGGAUGGGUCAAAACAGUUGGGAAAGUUCAAAUCUUCCAAACCUGAAAUCAGAGACUCUAAAUGCACUACRUCCCAUCAUUAUGCGUGGGUUGAAAGCGAUCAUCCAUAUACAGCUGCUACCGUGUCUAAUUACAAAGUCAAAUUUCCAAAAGAAGUCAAAUGGUUGUGCCUUGAGUUUGACCCACGAAGUUGUACUGCACAGACUGAAGAUUCUUUGCAACUUUACAUACCAAAUUAUCGAGAUUACAGUGAUGAUGAUAACAAACACGUAGUUACUACUCCUUACAUACCGGUAUUGAAAAAAUUUAGUAAUGAUCCAACUGAGUGGCCGUUUGCUGCUGUUAUGUUGCCUGGUAACGAAGUCAUGUUUUCACUGGAAACUGCAUCAGAUUAUCUUAAAAACGAUAAGAUUUCUCGAUAUGGCUUUCGUUGUCUAGUAAUUGGUUACGAAGUAGAAGAGCUAAGUAAAUAUCAAGCUCUUGGYUAUGGCCUCGUUCAUUUGGAAACCGAACUUUCAUUUCUCGGAGGGAUGUGCGUCUCAACACUCUUAAAAUGUGAUAUAAUUUUACCAAAUGAUGAWUCUACGCAUGGCUUAGAACAAGGUUCAGUAUCAGCUGCUGAUCAGGUGUAUGCUAAACAUUCGGGAUUAUUGAAAAAAGGAUUUGCGUUGGCGCCUUUUCUUAACAUUCAACAGGUUAUGGACGGUGUUUUGCCAUUGAGUGUGGAUGGAAACGAAAACCGAUUUCUCAGAGAGUUCGUGGGCUGUGUGCCGCAUUCUGCCGGUUGUCGAUUAGCCAGGUGGCUCCAACCAGAGUCUGUCAUCGAACCGGAUUCUUGUGAGCUUUCGCUGUCCACGGUCGAGGUGAGGUGUGGAUGGCCGGCCAAAUUCACCGUCCGGACGCGUGACCAGUACGGUAAUCCAGUUCAAUCGAUCGGGUUAAAGGUGGAAUUUUUUACUCAAUUGAAUUGCAAAUCCAAAGCCAACCCAUACAUAGACAGGUGCUCUGGUACGGUGGAUGACAAGUAUUUCGGCGGACACCCCGUGCCAAAAACUUAUGUCCCAUACGAAACGGUGGUCAAGGACAAGUUCAGAUAUCAAACCAUUACAUUCAUGAAACAUUACGAGAAUUAUUCAUUUGAAGAACUCCGUUUAGCAUCACCGUCGGCAAAAGGCGACUCGGAAAAGCUGCCAAUGGAGUCACAAGGCAACGGUACUUACACAGUGUACUGGACGCCGAUGGCCACCGGAUAUUACGACAUCAGGGUGGAAGUGGACGGGUAUCCACUGACGAAACAGACGAAACACAUCGACGUGAAAGAAGCGCCUUUCAAUGGCGCCAAGCCCCCAGACCAUGGACUGGCGCUGUCGUCUCCGGCUACAAAAUUGCUGCAGCACGUGGGCAAAUACAGCGCCGGACUGCGGAUCCGCACGCACCCAUCCCUCCAGUCCGAGCAAAUUGGAAUUAUCCCUGUCAAAGGGAUCAUCGGGUAUACCGACGAGAUGAGCAACGACGACGGUGAUUGGGUACUGUUAAAUUCGGAAUCAGUGGAACGGCAUUGCCAGCGGGGCGCGCCGCAUAUCGAAGCGUGGUGCAUGAGGGCCAACAAAUAUUUGAACAGCGAACAGUUUUUAGUGCCGGUGAAUGGGAAAACCGGUGGAUCGAAAGCUCCCACCAUAGCCAAGGGAGACGACGUCAAACGUCCGGCCAUCGCGAUACCGGACACACCGAAGCCGCCGAAUAAGGAAACGUUUAAGUCUUCAUCGAUUCUUCCACUGCCACCACCGCCUCCGCCACCACCACCACCAAUGCCAUCACCUGACCACUCGGUAGGGCAGCUAGUUGACUACAAAGUCGUGGUGUGUGGUGCCUCGGGACACAACAUCCGUAAUCAGCCAACCUUUAAGGCCACGCCGGUCGGUAUGCUCGUCCAGGGAAACAUUGUUCAGGCCGUAGAUAGAGUGGCCAAUGGUGAGGGCGUGUGGAUYAGACUUUCCGACCAGUGCGCUGCAGCUCACUGUGGCGUUUCGUGCGCGACAGCCUGGUCACUGGCAGCUGACACGUCGCAAGUCAUCUACUUGAAACCGGAAAAGGAUCAAAAAAUAGAGCGACAAGACUUGCAGUGUUUCGUGCAGCGAAUAGACAACGAGAUUAGAGACCCUAAAAAGACCAACAGGAGCAACAACGCCAACACACAGCCACCACGUUUCAACACGAGUUCGUACGUGAUCGAGCAGUUGGACAUGAUGGACGAUAAUGACAUAAAAAUUGAAAAAUUAGAAAAACAGUACUCGCCUAAACGGAAGAAGGACGCGAAAGCAAUAGAAGGAUUGAACGCCAACCCUUUGCCGAUACCAUAUCAUCGACCUGUUGUAGGCCAAGACAGUCUGCUGAGCAACGGAAACAUGGUAAUGAUGCUACCGGGUAGUCCACGCAAAACGGCCAGCAACAAGUAUGCUGCGGAAAAAGCUAAGCAACAGCCGUACAAAAACCCUUGCAAAGUAGAUGUUACGAGUUCCAGAAGAACGAUGUAUAACCAUUCGUUAUCGGUGUCCAGCGAUACCACAGCACCACCGACUACCAGUUCAUCUUCAGUUGAUACUCAUAUGACCACUAGCUUGUCCACAUCCAUUGAGAGCUCGACAGAUCAACCGGAAUGCUUGACUAAAGUAGAAAUUUGUCCUGGUGUAGCUCAAGCAGCUACACAAACUACACCGGAAAAUGAAAGAGUCAAUUUUGUACCUAAUAGUAAAAUAAAACAAAAAUUGACCCUGAAAAACCGCUCAAAUUCGAAGAACGGAUCAAAAACUGAUGUAGUUUCUUCACCAGAAUCCAAAGAUCAACGAGAAAUAACCAUACAAGAACCAAAACAAACCGUUAAAAUGGCGUUAAGUCCUUCGAUGGCAGAAAGCCUGCGUGCCGUGUUUGCCGCUUUUCUGUGGCAUGAAGGCAUCGUUCACGACGCAAUGACCUGCGCAUCAUUUUUGAAGUUUUAUCCAAGUCUUCCCAAGAAUGGAGCAGUAGUUACGAAACGGAUGACUGAAAGGAAUAAGGACCGCGGACCUCAGAGGCAUUCGGUGGAAGUGACGACCGGUGCCGGUGGUUACCGGCACAUCCGACCCAACGAAGUGAACCGUCCAAAACCUGGAAUGGCAUUACCGGCUGAGGGAGCAAUCACUGAAGAGAGCAUGACUAGUUCCGGUAACUCGGAAUUUGCAGACAGCCAUCAUGCGCAACCGGAACCAUCUGUGGGUGGCGGUGAAUGCCGGACCACUGUCAACUUUUUGCCACCCGCCCUCAACUGCAUGGUACGGCUGUGGGACCAGAUCGCCUCCGACAUGCUCCAGAUAAUUACUUCGGUCGCCGUGCUCCGCAAGUCUUCUCCUAAGCAGACGGUGAAUGGUGGCACUGAAAAUGGUGACAAUGACGGCGAUAGAUUUUCAUUGGAUCAGUCCUCGGACGCUCUAUAUGAAAGAUCAUAUUGGCAUUUAAGCCCCAACUAUCAUUCCAAGGAGCCUAUGCCGUGUGAGCUGUGUGGCGACAUGUUUUCUGUGCCUGUGUCCUUUCAUAUGCUUACUGCUCACCCGGGAUGCGGUCAGAGCUGCGGUGGUCGCGGUUACACCAGCAACGGUAUCUACAAGAACGGUUGGUCUGGCCCGUGUGGCGAAGGCGGUAUCGCGUGGUUUCAAUUUUGCGAAUCCUGCCGUAGUGGUUGCAUGAAGCGCGCCAAGCCAAUACAACCGUCGGCUGCUUCCGGUUCUGACCCGGCUCCUCGGUCCCGGAAAACAGCCGCGGUGGUUCGACAGGCAGUUAACAACUACCCCGCCACUAACAACGGCGAUGACCGUCGUGAUUUCUCUGACUCUGACGACGAAGGUAACGAUGAAUACCGUAAUGGUUGGAACUCGAAAUCGCUGCAGCUUAAACAUCUACAUGGAAUAAGCUGCAACGACGAACUGGUCGACAGCCUACAUAUGACGUUCAAAGAGAACGCCAUGUUUCUGUUGGACUUGGCCAGCACUAGCGGUGGGAGGCUGACGGGCGACGAGCCUCACUCAACAUCGGGUCCGUGGACCGUAGGCGAAUUCAAAUGUUUGAGCAGCCUCGAAGUUCCUGCAACUUGUAAGCAACUACUGCAGCCUGACAUCUGCAACGAUGCACUUCUGAAGCAACUUCAUGAAUGUGAUUCAGUAGGGAUCUCGUCCGYGAGCGAAGAUGUAAUGGAUGGAACCGUGACGCGGAGCUUUCAYCGUUCUGUGUCGAUGGACAUCGAGAAGUCACCGAUGAGACGCCAAGACAUGAUCAAUCGUCGGAAGCGGGUCAAUAGUGCCAUCGAUCCAGACAASGGAUUAUCUCUUGUAUGUAUGCCCUCGGCGGCCCUACAGGCGCUCGUUCCUAGUGUCGAGAACACUACGGUGGUAGGUUGUUCAACCGAAGGUAUAAUAUCGAAGAACGAAAAUGGAUCCGAAAUAAACGUUUUCAACAGACCAUCGAUGGCGUUUAUUGUCGAAGCACAUAAUUUAGCUGAUCUCAAAUGGGCGAUGAAGCAAGCUGUGAGGAAAGCCGCGUGCCGCAGUUACGCUCUACAAGCGCUCAACUGGUUGCUGCAUGAAGUGACUCGAGCUUCGUGUCUGCACGAUCUCUUGUGGUGGUUCGUAAUAGCGCUAUCUGCUGAAGUCCGUACGGUGGACGGAACCAACGACUCCAUUGAACCACGAUGUCGACAUCCUCUAAGCGAUUUAUACCUAGCUGGAGAAUCCGUCAACCCAUUACCACAGGUGUUCUAUCAGUUUUUGCAGACUGUCUCUGACCUGAUGCUGUACUUGCCCCCGGGGUCUGCGUUACAGAUGAUGGCUGUCCGCUGUUGGGAUAUUAAUUUUACGGCAUCCGAUCACAUGUUUUUGCAUAGGAGUAAAGUAUUUAGUAAUAUUAGCAAAAUAUUGUCACAUAGUGAAGAUUAUCAAGACGUUUGCGAAGACACUCAACCAGAAAAUUCCUCGAUUGAUAAAUACGUUGUGUCGUCGCUCAAAGAUAUAACGGAAAAUACAGAAAUCACGACAACUAGUCGACCGGCAAUGAUACCAAAUUUAAUCGAUCGAACUACUGAAACGUUUUGGGAAUCUAGCGAAGAUGAUAAAAACAAAUUCAAAACAAUCAUGAUACAAUGUAAUAAUCCGCUUGAAGAUCCUAAAGCAYUUUACGUUCAUUUUGAUAAUUGUCGUGAUUUAAAUAACAAAAUAUCGACGGUAGUUUUUUCGUCUGGCCAAACCAUUGAACAGUUGAACAAAAUACAAACAAUCGAUGUCGAUACUCGAUUUAGUGGUUGGCUUGGAGUUUACAUACCUGACCAAACGCACAAAGUCCUCUGCAUUGAAACACGGGGAGUAGACACRUCGGURCGCAUUAGACAAAUAAAAGUUCUAGGAACCGUGUCGGGAGAUUCUCUUGCACAUGGUCGCCAAUACAGUUACUCUACCAUACAACAUCGGCAAUGUGAAAAUGAAACACUAAAAGUGUUCCGAUCRAUCACGUUUCAAGUUUUUGGGAAACUAAUACAAGGAAAAGUAACGUCGAUGGAUUCUAGUGUUGAAGAAAGCAAAGAUCUAAAAGAGCACAUGGUUGGAAUUUUAUUUAGUCAAAGCAAAUUGACCCAUUUGCAAAAACAAGUGUGCACUCACAUAGUAGACGCUAUCCAAAAGGAAGCAAUCMUAAUGCGUGAAGAGUGGGAAAAGUCCAUUUGCAAAAACGAUACUACAUCAAAUAAUGGUACGGCUACACCAACCGACUCGUAUUGUUUCGAAAUGCUAUCGAUGGUGUCAGCUCUAAGUGGGAGCAACGUCGGUCGAUCUUAUCUAGCAAAUCAAUACGAUCUGCUGUCAAAUUUGUUAAGUUUGUUGCACACGGGCAGCGCCAGAGUUCAAAGACAAGUAACGCUAUUGCUCAAACGAGUUCUGCCAGAGGUAUCUCCUAGCGCGUUGGCUUCGUUGACUGGAUCUCGACUUCCUUCUACAGGGUUCUCAAUCGUCAGUCCGCCGCCUAAAAGCUACCAGGUAGGACUGCUCGAUAGUUUCUUGAGCAUCAUCGCGAAAGCAUUGAUAUUGCAAGUAAAAGUGAAGAGUGCAAACGGUAGCAAAGUAGUAAAUUCAUUGAAGCUCCAUGACGUUGAUUUGGACGAAGACAAUUCGUUGUGGUAUCUCAAAGGGGUUUCUCACAGAAAACUCGCCGAUGACAUUAUACAGAUUUUAUGGGAUUUGUCAAACGGAAAGUUGGGCGGUAACAAAAACUGGAUCGACACRACCCGAGCAGCGAUUGCCGAAAACAUACUGAACUUGACAAGRUUAAACAAAGAACAGAGAAGAAUGGAAUCGUGCAUAAAGAAYCCCGUAUUGUGGUUGGCACUGGCUUCACACUGUGUGUUGCACCCGGAGCACGCAGAAAGGUUAUCGUCCGGUCAGUGGUCUAAAUCGGAAGAUUCGAAGCCAGUUCCUCCAAGACCACUGUGUUCGAACCAUGACGAUGGCGAGACUGCGGCAUCCAUACAAUGUCUCACAUGUGGAAAUCUUUGUGUCGACUGUGACAGGAUCUUACACUUGCACAGAAAAACCAAACAUCACCAGAGACAAGUGUGCAAAGAAGAAGAAGAAGCCAUCAGAGUCGACUUGCACGAAGGGUGCGGACGGACCAAAUUGUUUUGGCUACUUGCGCUAGCCGACAAGGCAACUUUGCAAGCGCUAGUCGAGUUUCGCGAUACAUCUAGCUCUUCAGACUUGUCGGCACCGGUCGCCARAGCCAACGUGUUGCAACUCGCCAGAGUUGGAGUCUGCCGGUAUUGCGGUAUGGUCAGCAACGACGGAUUGCUUGCCAUCGGUAACGUCUGCGCCAACGACGAGUGUCAAUUACACGCGCAGACCGGAUGCCAGAGGAUAUUGAAAUGCGGCCAUUUGUGCGGUGGCAUCAAAGACGAGACGAAAUGUUUACCGUGUUUGCAUGGAUGUGCCUCUGUCGAAAAUCCAUCUCUCAAGCAAGACGCCGAUGACAUGUGUAUGAUUUGCUUCACGGAUGCCUUGUCUGCUGCGCCGUCCAUACAGCUUAUCUGCGGACACGUGUUUCACUAUCAGUGUUGCAAGAGAGUUCUGAUCAACAAAUGGACUGGACCACGUAUCACGUUCGGAUUUCAACAGUGUCCUAUAUGCAAGACACCAAUCGAGCACGCGUGCCUUGCUGAAGUCCUGAAACCGAUCAGAGAGCUGAUGGCUGAUGUCAAGCGAAAGGCGCURAUGCGUUUGGAAUACGAAGGCGAUUGUACGAUGAAAAAAGAUCACGCUGCCGUAUAUGCAAUGGAAAAAUACGCGUACUACGUGUGCUUCAAGUGUAAAAAAGCCUACUAUGGCGGAGAAGCUCGGUGCGAGCUGGACGUGGGAGGAACUGAUUACGAUCCUACUGAACUGGUGUGCGGCGGAUGCAGCGACGUGGCUCGAGCUCAGAUGUGCCCCAAACAUGGUACUGACUUGCUCGAGUACAAGUGCCGUUACUGCUGUUCAGUAGCUGUGUUUUUCUGCUUCGGAACUACGCACUUUUGCAAUGCUUGCCACGACGACUUCCAACGUGUCACCAACCURCUGCCCCACGAACUGCCACCCUGUCCCGCAGGUCCGAGAGCGACGGCUUUGAAUUUAGACGAAUGCCCACUCCACGUCAUACAUCCUCCAACGGGUGAAGAGUUCGCGUUGGGGUGUGGAGUGUGCCGAAACGCUCAUACGUUUUAAGGAAAACUAUAAGGACUCAAUAUCAWAUUUUUAUUAUAUUGUAACAUUUAUAACACUGCAUCAGAACUCUGCCCGGUCCAUAAUUGUAUCCAUGUAUGUAAAUACCCAUAGCUUUUUCUACUUUUUGAUUUUAUACUGCUGUUAUUUUGUUCACUCUCGAGGAAUACUGCGAUUGUUAAUUUUUCGAGUUACACUAAAAUAACACUUUGACAGCAAUCGAUUCCUUAWAUCAACUCAAAUGUCGUAUACGUAUCUUUAUUUAAAAAUAUAAUCCGUAGCCAUAGAAUCAACUGAACUCACGAAUAUCUUUGAGGAACAGACAGGUAUCAUCUGGUCCUCUAUUAACAUUAUAUGGAUCGGAUCGAGCAGAGUUCUCGUCAAUAUCGCAUCGUCAGUCAGAAUACGUAUUCAUAGGCAGAUUGUUAAAUUAUAUAAUUUAUUCACGUUGUCAGCUUUUGCAAUAUUUCGAUAUACCUAUGACGUAUCAUUGUGUGAUUGCCAUGAUUAUAUUACUUCAUAAUAAUGUUAACAAUGUCUGUACUAUAAGCGAAUCUUUAUAUAGUUUAAUUWAUUAUUAUUAAUUAUUAUUAAUGUUCACGCGUUUAUUGUAGGUAGCUAAAAYAUUUUUUUAAGUGUAGUGUGUCAAUGUCGAGAUGAUAUUAUURUCCCUUUUUAUAAAUAAUGAUCAUGAUCAUAUAGAACGAUAUAAUAUUAUUAGAUUAAAUGUACUUGCCAUGUAGUUGCGUCGUGGUCAUAGUAUAUAUGCUCCAUCAACCCACACGUCCACUCCAACAAUCGAAAUGUUAGAAUCUCAGCGUUAUCUUUAAUACAAUUUUCAUCUGUUAUGUUAUGUUUGUCGUUCGAAAUGUAUUCUAAUAAUAWUUCRCGAUGGUUUCGGUACGAUUAGAUAAUAAUAUUAUAAAAUAGUGUUCAUUAGGUAGUUUAAUAUUUUUUUUAUUUUUUUUUUGUAAGGA